CCUUUCUCCAAGCGCGAUCGCCUUUCUGGAGAACAACUUGUGAUGAAAAUGGAGAAGAAAACGGCCGGAAGAAGGAUUUUGAUGCUUCGGCUGGCGGCCCAUUUCUUAUUCUUCAGUUUCACUUUCAGUCUCGCCGCCGCUGCAGCAGCAGAAAAAGAAGCAGAAGAUUUUUCUUCUCCUCGAAGAAUGCUAGGGAAAAAAUCAAUGUCGUCACCCGAAGUAACGUUGCAGCAGACUCGUGGACAGGUGAUACUAAAUAACGGCAUAGUUCAAGUCAUUUUGUCGAGUCCACAAGGGGAUGUCGUUGGCAUAAAAUACAAUGGUAUCGACAAUUUACUUGAAAUUCACAAUGCAGUUUAUAACCGAGGGUAUUGGGACGUAGUUUGGAACAGGCCAAAUGAAGACACUUCCAUUGAUAGAUUAAGAGCUACAAAUUUCAAGGUGAUUACGGCCAGCAGUGACCAAGUAGAGGUUUCAUUCACCAAAACUUGGAAUCCUUCAGCCCCCGACUCUUCCUCAGUCCCCUUGAACAUCGACAAGAGGUAUAUUCUGCGGCGCGGCGUCUCCGGAUUGUAUGYAUAUGGCAUAUUUGAACGCCUGAAUGGGUGGCCUCAGAUUGAUAUCGAUCAGAUCAGAAUCGUCUACAAACUUCAGAGGGACAAAUUCGAUUACAUGGCGAUAUCGGACAAUAGGCAGAGAAUCAUGCCAAAGCCCGAGGACCGCGCAACCGGCCGGCCUCUGGCUUAUCCCGAGGCGGUUCUCUUAACCCAUCCCACCAAUAAACACCUCAAAGGAGAGGUGGACGAUAAGUACCAGUACUCGAUUGAGAAUCAGGAGAACAAGGUCCAUGGAUGGGUGUCGGGGGACCCACCCACGGGGUUUUGGAUGAUCACGCCCAGUGAUGAGUUCCGCACGGCGGGGCCCACCAAGCAAGGUCUCACUUCCCACGUCGGCCCCACCACCCUCUCCAUGUUCGUGAGUACGCAUUACACGGGUAAGGAAGCGGGGAUGAAAUUUGAGGAGGGAGAGGCAUGGAAGAAGGUUUUCGGACCGGUUUUGGUUUAUUUGAACUCGGUUCCGACCGUCACUGGAACUCCAGGUUCACUCUGGGAAGAUGCUAAAAGACAGAUGGGGGUGGAAGUGAGUAGCUGGCCAUACGGGUUUGUAGGAUCCGGAGAUUAUCCAACGGCCGACCAACGAGGAAGCGUGACCGGUCAAUUACUAGUCCGAGAUCGAUACGCGAGAAUAAGAGAUACGUGGCCAACCACGUGGCAGAUAGUGUUUCCGCUAAAAGGGCCAAAACAGACCGGGAACUACACGCUCCGGUUGGCCAUAGCCUCCGCGACGGAGUCUGUGGUGAAAGUCCGGUUCAACAACCCGACGGUGGAACCGGCCCAUUUCUCAACGGGGCCGUGGUCGAUUGGGAAGGAUAACGCGAUCGCAAGGCAUGGCAUUCACGGGCUUUACUGGCUAUUCAGCUUCGAUGUUCCCAGUGAAUAUUUGGUUGAGGACAAAAAUAAUGUAAUCUAUCUGACGCAGUCAAGAUCCAAGGGGCCUUUCCGAGGAGUAAUGUACGACUACCUACGACUUGAAGGUGUAGUGUGAAACCCCAAUUUAUUCAUUUCAAUUAUUUUGUGCACCCAAUUAGGCUUAGGGUGGCCCAAUUUGUUCAUUUAAAUUAUUUUGUCAAAACCAAAUAGGGUGGGCGCCAAUUUAUCAUUAGAAAUUUUCCUUUUUUUCUUUAUGUCUCAGUCUUGUAUACUGUGAUAAUUUGCUGUUUGGUUAGUGGUACACAUUUUUGAUAUCCAGUCUCAGCUCUCUCCCCUCUCUUUUUUUCUUCAUUUUUUUUUCCGUUUCUAUAUACAKUUAAAAAUAUAGCAUCAAACAAAACAAAUGGGAAGGUAGAAGUUCAAACCAUGAAUCUGAGAUUACUAAUGCCUUCAGAACUAGGCUGAAUUUUGGCUGUUGUUUCUAUAUCCAAAAAGUAU